UAUCCCUGGACAAGCCACCUCAACACUUAAAGCCUCUUACCCAGAAGAGGCUGGAAUCCGGGGCCUGUAAAGUCCUUUCAUCUCUUUCAGUUCCAUCUGAAUAACUGUUAGCAAGUGCCACGCUGGCUGGUGGGGUGCUUAGUUUGGGACGGGGCGGAGGACAGCAGACGCGCGCGCGGAGGACUCAGCAGUGGUGGAACGCGGAGUAUCCUGGAAUGGAGCUAGAGCGAUGGCAUUUCCAGACGAGUUUCUCCAAGGCCAACUUUUAAAGGUCGGAGGAAAGUUUGUCGUGGAGCGGGGGCCCUAAGGGGUGGGCUCGGUGGGCCCCGACACCUCCUCCCCUUUAAGCGGGUGGCCCCAGCCCUUCCUCCGUUACCUGGGGCGGGGAGGGGCUUGGGAAAGUUUGUGUUUGUUGCUGGCAAAGCGCCGGAUGGGAGGCGCGGGCGGGCGGACGCGGCGGUUCUUCCCUUUUGCUUUCAGAAAGCGGUCGGGGCUGCACACUAGGCUGGGCGGGUGGCUCCGGUGCCGGGUCCCGGUGCCCGGCCGGCUGGAGGAGGGCGGGGAGGAGGCGGGCGCGGAGCCGGGGCGCACGCAGCCCCCGCGUUGGGAUUUCUCGGCUUGCGAGGAGAGCGGAGCAGGCGCGCGGCCCAGGCAGAGGAGCGCUGGCUCUGGAGCCGCCGGAGCCGGAGGAGGAGGGGGAGGAGCGGCGGCGGGCACGAAGGCGGGGGAGAGUCGCUCCCGCCCGGCGAGCAUGGGGCGCCCGGCGCCGAGGCCGCUGCUGCUGGCCCUCCUGUCGCUGGCUCUUUGUCGAGGGCGCGUGGUGAGAGUUCCCACCGGCAGCCUGGUGCGUGUGGUAGGUAAUGAGCUGGUCAUCCCCUGCAAUGUCAGCGACUAUGAUGGCCCCAGCGAGCAAAACUUUGACUGGAGUUUCUCGUCUUCGGGGACUGACUUUGUGGAGCUCGCAAGCACCUGGGAGCUGGGCUUCCCAGCUCAGCUGUACCGGGAACGCCUGCAGAGGGGGGAGAUCCUACUGAGGCGCACCGCCAACGAUGCUGUGGAGCUCCACAUAAAAAAUGUCCAGCCCUCGGACCAAGGCUACUACAAAUGUUCAACUCCCAGCACGGAUGCCACUGUCCAGGGCAACUAUGAGGAUACAGUGCAGGUUAAAGUGCUCGCCGAUGCCCUGCAUGUGUCCGCCAGCUCGCAGCCAUCCCCGGGCCUGAGCCUGCGCCUGGCCGAGCCCUUCGAGCUGCGCUGCGCCGCCUCCACAGCGUCCCAGCUGCACACGCACCUGGCGCUGCUGUGGGAGCUGCGACGUGGCCCGAUCCGGCGCAGUGUCCUCUCCCUGACCCACGAGGGCAGGUUGCGCCCCGGCCCAGGGUACGAGCAGCGCUACCACAGCGGCGACGUGCGCCUGGACACCGUGGGGAGCGACGGGUACCGCCUCUCUGUGUCCUCAGCCCUGUCCUCGGACCAGGGCUCCUACAGGUGCCUCGUCAGCGAGUGGAUCGGGGAGCAGGGUAACUGGCAAGAAAUUCAAGAAAAAGCGGUGGAUGUGGCCACAGUGGUGAUCCAGCCGACAGUUCUGCGAGCAGCCGUGGUCAGGAAUGCGUCUGUGGCUGAAGGAAAGGAGCUGAACCUGACAUGCAAUAUCACAACAGACCGAGUGGACAGCGUCAGCCCAGAGGUGACGUGGUUCUUCAGUGUAGUGCCUGACAGCACUCUGCCUGGCUCCCGUGUGCUGGCGCGGCUGGACCGAGAUGCUCUGGUGCACAGCUCUCCGCACAUUGCUUUGAGUCAUGUGGAUACACGCUCCUACCAUUUACUCGUUCAAGAUGUUAGCAAAGAAAACUCUGGCUACUAUUUCUGCCACGUGGCACUCUGGGCACCCGGGCACAACGGGAGCUGGCACAAGGUAGCGGAGGCCGUGUCUGCCCCAGCUGGUGUGGAUGUGACCUGGCUAGAACCAGACUAUCAGGUGUACCUGAAUGCCUCUAAGGUGCCUGAGUUCUCAGACGACCUCACCGAGCUGGAAUGCCGGAUAGUAGAGGCAAAGGGCCCAGAGGCUAGUGUCCGUUUCACAGUUUCCUGGUACUACAGGAUCAACUGGCGCAGUGAUGAUGUGGUAGCCAGCGAACUUCUUGCAGUCAUGAAUGGGGACUGGACCCUGAAAUAUGGGGACAGGAGCAAGCAACGGGCCCAGGACGGAGACUUUAUUUUUUCUAAGGAACAUACAGAUAUGUUCAGUUUCCGAAUUCAAAGGACUACAGAGGAGGACAGAGGCAAUUAUUAUUGUGUGGUGUCUGCCUGGAUCAAGCAGCGUAAUGACAGCUGGGUAAAGAGCAAGGAUGUCUUCUCCAAACCUGUAAACAUAUUUUGGGCAUCAGAAGAUUCUGUGCUUGUGGUGAAGGCGAGGCAGCUAAAGCCCUUCUUUGCUGCAGGAAAUACAUUUGAGAUGACUUGUAAAGUGUCUUCCAAGAAUAUUAAGUCACCACGCUACUCUGUUCUCAUCACCGCUGAGAAGCCUGUCGGGGACCUGUCCAGUCCCAAUGAAACGAAGUACAUCAUCUCCCUGGACCAGGAUUCUGUGGUGAAGCUGGAGAACUGGACAGAUGCAUCGCGAGUGGAUGGUGUUGUGUUAGAGAAAGUGCAGGAAGAUGAAUUUCGCUAUCGAAUGUAUCAAACUCAGGUCUCAGAUGCAGGGCUGUACCGCUGCAUGGUGACAGCCUGGUCUCCUGUUAGGGGCAGCCUGUGGCGAGAAGCAGCAACCAGUCUCUCCAAUCCUAUUCAGAUAGACUUCCAGACCACAGGUCCUGUAUUUAAUGCCUCUGUGCAUUCAAACACACCAUCAGUCAUCCGGGGAGAUCUAAUCAAAUUGUUUUGUAUCAUCACUGUUGAAGGAACAGCACUGGAUCCAGAUGACAUGGCCUUCGAUGUGUCCUGGUUUGCGGUCCACUCUUUUGGCCUGGACAAGGCUCCUGUCCUCCUGUCUGCACUGGAUCGGAAGGGGAUUGUGAAUACGGCCCAGAGAGCCUGGAGGAGUGGCCUCAGCCUGGAGCGCGUGAGCAUGCUGGAAUUCUUGCUGCAAGUGCAUGGCUCUGAGGACCAGGACUUUGGCAACUAUUUCUGUUCCGUGACUCCGUGGGUGAAGUCACCAACAGGUUCCUGGCAGAAGGAGGCAGAGAUCUACUCCAAGCCCGUCUUCAUAACUGUGAAGAUGGAUGUGCUGAAUGCCUUCAAGUACCCACUGCUGAUCGGUGUGGGCCUGUCCACCAUCAUCGGGCUCCUGUCCUGCCUCAUCGGGUACUGCAGCUCCCACUGGUGUUGUAAGAAGGAGGUCCAGGAGACCAGGCGGGAGCGCCGCCGGCUCAUGUCCAUGGAGAUGGACUAGGCCACAGCCUGGGAGGAGCCACGGCAGAGGGACGGUCCAGGAGCAAAUUGUGCGAGAAGAGGACAGUGAUACUUUAACGUGCAGUGUGUUACACUAAAACCCAGUCCUCUCUAAUCUCAGGUGGGACUUGGCGCUCCCUCUUUUCUGCAUGUCAAGUUCUGAGCGCGGACAUUUACCAGCACACGACUCUUCUUCCCACAGCACUUUCUGGUAGAACAAUCAAGUGUGUGUUUUCCCAGCUGCGGCUUUUUAACGGUUAACCUUUGUCUGAUUUUUUUUCUCCUACUGGUUUAUAGAUGUCUCUGACUUGUAUGUGUUUAUAUCUUCUGUUCCAAAGGGUCGUGGUGAGGAAGGGGUGAUGGCUUUCAGAGUUCUUUGUCUUGGGUGAGACUAUAACUGCCCACUUGAGAGCUGGCCUCUGUGUUGGAGGUCUGUGUUGAGAGCUGCCAAAUGCAGCCCUCUGCCCUGACCUCAAGACAACACAGACCUGUGCUGAAGGCUAAUUUGUGGCUUUUACUAUCCUACCCAGCCCCUAUUUUCAGGGGUUUAGACUACAUUUGAAUUCUAAACUUGCAGUAUGCAACUUUUUCUUAUUGAACCCAAAUGCUUUUUUUUUCUUCUCUGCCCCCUUUCCAUUUAUUUUGUGCUUGCUUUCUGUGAGAGUGCUGAAAUGACGGCCCUGGCAUCUAGAAUUUGGCUCUCCACCAAGCACCUUAUCUUGCCACCUUAGCCUUAAGAAUGAAUAUGAAGAAAAAUACACAGCCACCUCUGUCCAGGGCAGUAAGAAGGUCUGGUCUGCAAGGAGGAGGAGAUUGGAAUAAAGGAGAGGAACAGACAUUCAGUCUGAUAGUUCUGAGGCCACUGGCCCUCACAGGGCCCCCGGGAGAGCAGACUGGGGAUCCUGGGAGUUAGUUUUCUGUAGCUCGUGCCAGGAGGGUCAGUGGUGCUCAUUCGUCAGGCAGAAGAAGCCACCUCCAUUCCCUCUCUUGCCAUUGUGGAAGGCAAAGGCCUUCGCCACCAAGCACUGCUGAGGAACCCCGAGAAGCCCCAUGUCCUUCACAGGCCACUUGGGCUUCUUACUGUGAAGGCAUGUUGCUGCAUGCUAGACCGACUGACUUCAUGGAAUCAUAAAUUGCCUGGAAGAACCAAGCUUUUUCUCUGACCUUUUCAGUCCUUCAAGUCUUCUUAAGAUCCCCUGCAGGGGUUAGUGAGAAAGGGUAUACUUUGUGGUAUGUUUCCUUUCCUGUUAGGAACAUGAAUGAAACCCAGCAAUUUAUCACCAUGUGAACAACCUACAAAGUAGACCUGAGAGCUGUCCAUUUUUCCCAAUUGCUUGGACCAGGAGUAGGACAGUGGACCAAAAGCAGUCUUUGCUCCCUGAAGUGUCUCACCCCUGCAUUGCACUGGCCAUUUGGAAGCAUCCCAGUCGGGUUUUCUGACUCAUGCCCUCUAUUCCAAUCCUCUGUGUGUUUCUCCUGGCUCUGAAGGAUCUAACACUGCUCUAACUUCUGAAGGGAAAAAAGAUUCAUUUGUUUUGAGCAAUAAAGUAAUACAAAAUGAUGGCCAUUCAUGUGUGGCUCUUUGUCACAAUGGCCCGGAUGAGCCAUACUCCUCCCAGCUCACCAUCCUCUCCUCCUCUUCCCUCAUUCUGCUACCCUUGAUUCCUUCUGCACUUACCACCGAGUCCCCCCUGGGAGGCAUAUUUCCACCUGGCUUUCCCUUUUUGUUGUGCCCAUCAAGGGGAACCACCCGUGAUAGAAACUCUAGAUUCUAGAGCAUGCGUGAGUAGAGGAAGAGGAGAGGGCUUUCAUAGCACCAGAUGAGGGUGUUUUCUACCUGUCAUUGCCUAACUGCUAUUUUAGAGGAGGUGGGUUGCAGGCGAUUGUGUAAAGGGGAAUUAAAAGAGAGAACACAUAUAAACAGGUGCUGUGUUAGUGAUAGAUAGUGCCCUCCGGGCCCAUGCAGUUGUCACACUUUAAAAGAAAAUUCAGGAUUAUUGUAGCAUAGGCCCUUCUUGGUAGAAGGAAGGUUACUUAGCUUUGGAUGUGCCCAGGUGGCCCCAGGUAUAUGUAAAACCAUGGAUGGGUCACACCAGACACUUGGUAGUGGUAAAGGUGACAUGUGCUCACACACUGUAUCUUUUCCUUUCAAACUUACUGCAGUUCGAGGCUGAGGUUGUUACGGCAUUAAUUCCAACCCCACCCUCUGUCCAUGGGGCUGGUAUGAAGUGGAAAGAAAUCCCAGGGCAUUGUAUUAGGGACCUCAUUCCUUCCAGGGACAUAAACUUUCCCGUAAUGUGUGUCCCUUUAAAAGUGUGAGAUACAGUCUUUUGUUGUACCAAAUAGCGCUCCACACAAAGUGGUCCCUCCCUGUGGUGUGCCUGCUUGGUGUCACACACACAUAGAAGAAGCUCCUGCCAGAAGCACUGGUGUGAAUGGAAGAAGGACGUAGCCACGAUUCACACAGAUGAAAUUGCACUUCUUAACAAAAAGAAACUUUAUGAAGUUUGGGUUUUUUUUCCUAACCAUAAACAGAUUCCCAGAAAGAGCCUAAGCUAUGUUCAGAUGGAGGCCUCGAAAUUAAUUUAAAUUGUUUACUUUAUAAUGUUUACAUACACUUUUCACUUUUUUAAAAAAAGAAAAAACACAAACUCUGACUUUUUAACAGCUUUUCAGAUUUUUCAUGGGACAGUGGAACUCUGACUCACCAAUGAGAUUUAAAUCUUAAUUUAGAAAUGUAUUUAUUUGUGUGUCCCCCACCCCCCAUCCUCAUGGCUUUUCCUAAGAUCUGGGAAAGGAGGCCCCUCCCACCCAAACCCUGUAGUUUUCUCUGGUGGCUCUUGCUUCUUGCUUCGCAGACUGCCUGCAGCCAUGGCCUGACAUCCGUGAGCCAAAGACUGAGCCUUUGUGGCAGGAAUAAUAAGCAAUACUACACAAUUUGCUACUUUCAGAAAUUUUUUUUUUUUAGCUGUGCCGAUGACAACAGAGGAAGAAGGGAACUGGGAUUUGGGUAAGUUCUCCUCUGCUGUUUGACCAAAUUCUCAGUGACAGAUAACUGUGCGCAGAUCACUAGGAGAAAAAUGUUGACUGACUUUCUUUUAUAGCGUGGCACAUAAGGAUCUGCCGAAUUUUACAUAGACAAAGAAAGGGUCUUGUGUAUUUUUGUCCAUAUCCAAUGUUAUAUGAACUAAUUGUAUUGUUUUAUACUGUGACCACAAAUAUUAUGCAAUGCACCGUUUGUUUUUUAUUUCAUUAAAGGAAGUUUAAUUUAAA